AUGCAUGACUUGGCUUUGCGGCCUGCUAAAGAGUAUCCCCGUGUUCCUCGUUACUUGUCUGGGUCUCUCGUGACACUCCUUGUUGGUGUGUCUGCGAUUCUGGGGUCUAUCAUGCUCGGGGCGAUAAUGUACCUGGUCAUAGAUGCUAACUUUUGCGGGACAAAUGCUAACACCCACUCAGUGUCAUUGAGUGCCUCGACAACGCUUGGUACUAAUGGGCUCACCUCAUUACUCUACCAGACGGAGAUCCCAACUUAUGACGGCGGCUAUGAUAGCAUCCACUUUUCUGUGCCUGACACAAACGAAUUUAACCCAAAGGACACCUUUUCCUUUGCCAUGCUCUUGAAUUACACUGCCUAUCCUAAUGCAAAUAAGCGGUCAUCACUUGUAGCUCUCAACGUCACUGGAAAUAGGGCAGAUACUACAGGCAACAAGGCGAACAGCAUAGGCAAUACAGUCUCGCUGCACAUCUCCAACCCAACCAGAAAGAGGAUCUAUGUUACAGAGCCGUGGUUUGAUUAUGGAUACUGGAAAGACAGAACUCAGUAUCACUUGAUUACUGAAAGCGAUAUACCACUGUGGUUAGUUGACAUGAAAGAAGCGGGACGUGGGCGACAAGGUAGACGAAUUUGUACUGCGGACUACGAAGCCGAAAUAGCUGUGCUCAGCGAGUUGUUCCGGAUAGAUCCUCUUAUUAUACGUGAGUUUGCUGGAGAAAGCAUCAGCCUUUCAAAUAUAAUAGCUAGUGGAGAAAUCGUACUUGAUUUGGCAUCACGUGUCCAAAGCAGACAUCUCACCAUUCAACUGUUGGAGGCAGACAUCACAAAGAUAUAUCUAAGCAAGCCACCAAAGGUCGUAAGAGUGACGAUACAGGAUAGAGCAUCGUUCCUUUCAAUGGUCAUUCCGUUCACAGGAGCACCCUCCCGAUCGGUAUAUAGAACGAUCUAUAGCUCUUCCGAACUCGUGGCUUAUAUCCGCCCAUCUAUUAAAUUAGGAUUGCAAUCUGCUGUAGAAAUAGAACUUCUUGUUGAUACCUCAUUUGUGGACCAACUGUCUUGUCACAAAGAGCUUGAUGGGAGCUUGACCUUCAUCGUCGCAGAGCCUACUCUCUCAAGAAUUAUGCUCCUUGUUGCACCGAUUGGACAGGGGGCUUGCUCAUGUGAGGGCAAUACUAGUGGCCAGUGCAUGGCAAAUCAAGUAACACGGCUCAAGUAA